AUGACACAUAGGCAUGCUUUCGAAGCCCUCGAUAAGUCCUUGAGAGACAUUCUUUCUUUACAUGAUCCCAAAGCCAGAACUCUCCGAUUCGGCGGAAAAACGGUUCUUCUAGGAGGUGAUUUUAGAGAGAUCUUACCAGUCAUCCCACAAGGCACCAGAGCUGAUAUUGUCUUUGCCUCCAUAAGUCAUUCAUAUUUAUGGGAAUCAUGCCACAAAUUCACCCUCCAUAAGAAUAUGCGCCUCAGCGAAGAUGAGAAAGAGUUCUCCAACUACGUCCUGAGGGUUGGCGAUGGGAACCCCCUACCUACUGAGGUGAAUGAAUUUGAUGAAGAUGAAGAGGAUCAGCUCAUUUCUAUUGACCGAACGGCUAUCCUCACACCAAGGAACGAAACGGUGGAUGAGAUUAAUGAAUACAUGAUAUCUGAAGCUGACGGUGUUUCAAAGGAAUAUCUCAGUUCCGAUAGCUUCGGUAUAAUAGACACUGACUUUGAGAACAACGAGACAUUGUACCCAGUGGAGUAUUUAAACUCAUUGAGCUUUCCAGGCCUGCCUGCACAUAAGCUUACUUUCAAAGUGGGUGCCUCUUUCAUGCUCCUAAGGAAUUUAAAUCAAAAGAAGGGGUUAUGCAACGGAACACCUCUGAUUGUCACGUACCUAGGUGAGCGUGUUAUUAGAGGUGAAAUAAUUACAGGCUCCCAUAUUGGACAUAAAGUGGACCUUCCAAGAAUCACACUAUCAGAAUCAGUAACUAAACAUUCGUUCACCCUAGAAAGGCGGCAAUUUCCGAUCAGGCUAUGUUACGCAAUGAAAAUUAACAAAAGUCAGAGUCAGAGUUUGAAAGGGGUCGUAUUGUAUUUGCCACAACCCGUUUUCACCCAUGGACAGCUAUAUGUUGGUCUUUCCCGAGUUACUACCAAGUCAGGCCUCAAAAUUAUACAAGGAAAUGAUCAAAAGAUAGGAAGGGUUAAAAACAUUGUCUACAAAGAAAUAUACAACGGUCUACCGCACCUACCAGGUAAUCCAAUAUUAUUUGCAACCCAAUACACACCAUUAUCCAAAAAUACUAAACUCCUUACUCUCUCUCCUCCAGAAUCACAAUCCGAUGAUCAUCCAGAAUAGGCUUCCCAGAAUCUUCAAAAACUUUCUAUACCAUAACAUGCAAGCUACCAGUAAGUCUUCCGACCCGAAACUCUUCAAACUCAAUAAUGAACUUGUAUUAACAAAAUUGUAUUUAUCUGUAGGUCCGCCCGCAAUAGAAAGUGGCCGCUCUACAAGACCAUUCACAAUAAACCUAGUAGACAUCGUCUAUGUCUUAUCUUAUUUUAAUUCUUUUUUGUUAUCUACCAAAUUCUAUUCCCUUUGGACAAUUACUUAUUUCUACUGUCAAACUAUUUUGUUUUUCCGUCUUCACAUCCAAACAACCAAAACUUAACUCACACUUUCACAAACUAAAACUUCAAAUUUUAAUACAACAUUACUUUAAUAUCACAUGUAAUCCGCACGUACACCGACCCUAGUAUAUGUAAUGGUAGGUCAUAUAAAUAACAACUAGCUAACAGAUAAUAGGAGAACUAAUUAAAUAGAACAUGACAACAAUUGAUAAUCACAAUAUUUUCACAUUUGGAUCGACAUGAGUGAUUACAUCGGAGAUAUUGCUAGAGUGCUGAUAUUUGAUCAUAAUUUAAGUUGCCGAUCCCCAAAUAUUGAUUACUUAUAUUUUUCUGGUAAAACAUAACAUAGAUUUACUAUAUCAAUUUACAUAUGCUUCCUCUACUACACAAUGCAUAUAUCAACAAACUAAAUCUUCAUGUGGAACCAGCCGACAAAUGAUGCAGGAAGCGACUGUAAUAAAUACAGAAAGGUAACAAUUAAUAACUGUCUUUCUUAUUGCUAGGCUGCUAGCUAGCACCGGCUUUACUAUGAUGGACCAAUAUAAUAGUAAUUGGUUUGAUUGCCGACUAAAGUUUUUAUCAAGGUUGGGCUUUUAAUUGUUAGUUGUUACUACUGUUUUUAAAACGUGCUGCAUGCAUUAAAACGAUUCAGCACUGUGUUUUGCUUUCGUCGUACACAAAAUAAAGAACAAGACUUAGGUUAAAUUCAGUUCUCCUCUUGUUACCAGUCGAAAUGUCAUAUAGAUUAAUAAUAAAAUAGAUUAAUUUUAUUUUAAAAAAUUUGAAAUAAUUAAAAAAAAUAAUAACGCCAAUUUUAAUGGUACUAACGCCACUAACUAAACUUUAAACUUUAAAUCUAUACUCUAAACCUAAAUCCUAAACCCUAAACCCUAAACCCAAACCGUAAACCCUAAACCCAAACCCUAUAUCCUAAAUCCAAAUCCUAAACCCUAAACCCAAACCGUAAACCGUAAACCCAAACCCUAUAUCCUAAACUCAAAUCAUAGACUCUAAACUCAAACCGUAUGUCCAAACCUAAUCCCUACACCCUAAACUCAAAUCGUAAACCCUGAACCCAAAUCCUAUAUCCUAAAGAUUUGGGUUAAUGUUGAUGUUGUUUCUUUAGGGUUUAAGAUUUGGGUUUAGAGUCUAGGUUUGAGUUUAGGAUCUAGGGUUUGAGUUUAAAGUGUAGGGUUUGGGUUUAGAGUUUACGGUUUGAGUUUAGGGUUUAAGAGUUGGGUUUAAGAUAUAGGCUUGGGUUUAGGGUUUAGAGUUUGGGUUUAGAAUUUAGGGUUUAGGGUUUAGAUUUAAGGUUUAGGGUUUAGAAUUUAAAAUUUAUGAUUUAGUUAGUGGCGUUAGCGUCAUUAAAAUGAGCUUCAUUAUUUUUUUUGAAUUAUUUUAAUUUUUUUUUUAAAUUAAUGUAUUUUAUUAUUAACUUAUGAACCUAAGUUUCGUUCCAAAAUAAAAAUCUAAUUAUUACACGUCUAUCUCAUUGGGGUUUUCGUUCACCUAUUUCGACGGUAUGUUAGGUGGCUAUUAUUACACGUCUAUCUCAUUGGUAUUGGAAAAUGGAAUGUGUAGCUGGUUGCUAAAUAUAUUCACCAUGCAUGUUCACGUCAUGAGUCAGCCUUUCUGUCAUUUGGUUCAGGUCACUUACACCCGACCAUGAUUAACACCGGUCUCUUAACUGAAAUUCUUAGCUUCGGAUAAGAGACGGUUCUUAACUUUUAACUAAAAAAGCUAAGAACGUGUCUUACAUAAGAGAUAUAAGAAACGUAUUUUAGCCGAAAAACGUAAAAAAAAAAGUCAAAUCAUGAGUUAAAAACUCCAAAUAAAAGACCGGAGUUAAUCAUGUUCUAAUAUCUGAUGUGUCUCAUAAAAUGUAUAAAAUAGGAUUAGAUAUUAAUCGAUGUUUCAUCUCUUGGAUGUUUAUGUAAGACAAUAGCUAGCCAUCGUUCGUACAAAAUAUUAAUGUCUUGUAUUUUUGUGGAUAUGAAUUCUUAAAGCUUCCCUAUGAUGUUAACAGCUGCUUGAAGUGUGAACUAACUAAUUAAUUACUUUCUAGGUUGCGUUGCUGUAACAUUGAUACUUCAACUAUAAGACGUUGCAUGAAAUAGUAUAAGUUACCGCACAUUUAUUGUGUCAUAAACCAAAUGACGUGUAACUGUAAACUGUUAAAUAUGAAGAAGAACGACUUGACAUGGAAUUGACGAUAUGGAAUAUAUAUUAAUUGUAAACGAUUUAACAAAAUAUAUAAGAGAAAAAGACUUUUCCUAUGCUUACCAACAUAUAUAGAUAUGUGUUUUAAAUGAACCAUUGUAAAAGUUAAAAGAUGAAACAGUAAUACUAACGAGCAGUAAAUUCUCGUACCAUUAAAUUUUGAUAUGUCCAAAAUUCUGAACAGUUAACGCGGUUGAAACUUUUUCUUUCAGCAAAUAAUCGAAAAGUAAACGUGGACGUUAUUAUACCAUUCUUUAGACAAACACAACAAACUUAGAUUACCAACAUCGUUUGGUCUAGUGAUCUUUUCGAGUGGGGAAAAUGUUAACCAUCUGAAUUAAUGGUUCAUCUGUCUCUUGAUGAGUAAAAGGUUUAAUUUCCUUAACAUUCUAGUUGCAAGCAAAACUAUAUCAUUAUAAUAACAUUUAAAGUGUCAAAUCAAAUAGUUCAAGACAGAAAAAAUACAAAUUUCAUGCUUGAUCUAAGCCAACAAGAUGAGUUUAAGAAUAACCAAUUAAUAAGCAAGAAAAGUGUACUCAAAUUCAUUCAAGAACUUGGGUGCCAAUUGAUUAGGUGAUCUAAUGCUAAUCUUUAAGUUCAGGAACACCAAAUUAGAUUAACCCAAUUCCGUAGUUUUAAUCCUUAUACUAAUCAUGUAAUUAACAUUAAUUCUCAUCACUAAAUCAACCUAGCUAAUCUAUCUUACCCAUACGUCUAACAAGUGCUACUCACUAAUCAUUAUAAACCCCACUAAACACAAGUUAAGUUUAGAGAUAAAGAUACCAGACUGAGAAAAAGUUGCUCAAAAAAAAAAGAUGAAGAAAAUGCUUAAAAGAUCCAAACUUUAAUUAGUUUGUACGAGUUCUUGAGAGAAAAAUAGUUAAAUCUAAGUUUGGUCCUGAAACAGAUAUAUAUAUAUAUAUAUGAGGCUUAAAUCGAAACGUGUCGACCGGACAGACCUAGGUUAACUCGGACUAAACCAAGUAAAUAUGAUUUUAAAAUGCCAAACGUAGUUUUCUGAUCGCAAUCGGCACUUCUUUGCGACUGCGUUUGCGAUCGCAUUGGUAACUGCGGUUGGUCGUCCAGCUCCGCGGUCAAGCUCUAAUCCACUCAACUCCCUGCCGACGAGCCGUCUCUUUGGCCUAAAAAACAUUUAACAAGGUAGAAUAUAUUAAAAAAAAAUUAAUUAAUUAAAAUAUUUACCAUAUCCAUACGGAAACCGCCGUGGGAUUUUUGACCCGUAGUAUGAAGCAUCGGCCCGUUGCCUUGCUCAUCUUUCUGACGGGAGGUGGAGCAACUGUUGGAGACUUUAAUGGACGAUGGCAUGUUCCAAAAAUGGAUGAGGCCAUCCCACACAGACGUGGUGAGCUCAGCGGGUUUUCCCUGCUUAUAACCCUUCACGAUCCAAUCAUCCUUCCAGUUGGAUAACGUGUCCAACAAUCGAGCUUUCGCCUUUCCAAUAAACGUUUUUUUCACCCUCUCGUUCACCCCUAUGGACCAAUGAUAUUUUUGCUGUAACAAGAAAAAUUAGAUUAAUAAUUAGUCUAAAAAUAAUAAAAAGUCAUAAUAAUAAAAAUAAAGUCUAUAAAAUUAAUUAAUAGUAACUUACGGCGAACAUUUUGAACCACAUUUUUCUGACGUGGUCUGGCGUCAAUUUCCAGUUCGGAUGAGCGUCGGGGAAGUAGCCUUUGGUUACCUCGGCUACGUUCCGAGCGACAGAACCAUCAACUCCAAACCUGAAAAACAAAAAAAAAACGUAUUUAAAUUAUUUAUUUUUGUUAUAAAAAAAUUGCACAAUAAAAAUGUAAACGUACCACAAAGUUUCGUCCGGUUGGUCGGGGUCUAGGACUGGUAAACCUUCUCUGCCUUGCUGAGCGAGAAGGUCCUCGACUGUGUAAAUAGCAUAAGGAGCACUCGGUGGCACCAGCAAAUCGGGAUGAAUCCCGACCGCCAUCGGAGGAGGUGCCUCCUCUGGAACAUGAUCAUAAUGCGCGGGUGGCGCAUCAAACCGAGGAACCGGUGGCAGAAAAUAUGGAGGAACCGGUGGUGCACCAAAAAGAGGCGACUAAGAAACUCUCUGAGAAGACUGAGAGUCGGGGACAGUCUCCGGAAACGAAGAACCGGGAGUUGAAGAAGAUGAUGCGCAUGUAUGACUACCAGACUCACCAAACAUCUCUCUGUAAUGCCUGUAAGCUUGUUAUUUCGAACCAGCUGGAAUUUUUUUUUUAAUUGUCAUUAUUAUCCAUAUAAAACAUAUAAAUAGAUUAUUAAUUAACAUUUAAAAAUUAUCAUCCUAUAUUAUCAACAAAUUCCAUAAACCUAUCUACAUAUUCCAUAAACCUAUCUACAUAUUCCCUACACUAACCACCUAAUCAACACUAAUUACCCUAAACUAACCACCUAAGCUAAAUUAGAGAGGAAGUAGAGAGGAGUACCUUGCUAUGAGGAGGAGAGGAAAUGACUACAAAAUGAGAAGUGAUUUGGUUCGGGUAUAUAUAGAGACUUAUAUUUCGUCGUAAAACCCUCGUGUAAUUACGAGGAAUUAGCAAGAUCCGCGUUUUAUUUUUUAUGUUUCGUCGUAAAGCCAACGUAAAUUUACGAGGAAUUAGCAAGACCCGUGUUUUUCUUUACGAGGUUUUUUCGAGGAAAUACUAGGGCCCGUGUUUUCUUUUACGACGAUUUUACGAGGAAGAUCUGUAAAUCUCUAUAAGCCGAAACCCCAAACCCCUAACCCCAAGGCCCGUGUUAUUAAAUUUCAUCGUAAAAUCCUCGGUAAUUAACGAGGAAAUAACAAGGCCCGUGUUUUUGUUACGAGGAAAUAACAAGGACCGCGUUUUCUUUUUACGAGUAUUUUACGACGAAGUGUUUUUCAAUUUACAAAAAAAACCUGAAGGAAGACACUGGCACCAGAACAGUUUUAUCAUUUCCAAAUAGCAUUUGAAACUGAUCAGAACUGUUCAGGUGACCGUGCACUCCCUUCAGUUUUUUUUAAACUAUUGAUUAGUUUUUUUUUGUGAAAGUUUAGAAUGGGAGGGGUGUGCUUAUUUAUAGAAGUAGUUGUCGUCGUAAAAUCCUCGU